GCAAACGAUCGGCGAAGACUUUUGCGGCCUCGAUGUGAAUACGCCUUUAGGUGGCGAAGAGCCGAUGGGUGCGACUGCAGUUUUGACAUUCGAGACUCACUUGACGGCUGUGGCGGCCACUUCGACCGGUGAUUAUACUGUGGUCUUCGUGGGAACCAAUAAAGGACACCUCAAGAAGGUGGUAGUAGAGAGCUCGACGCUAGCAUUAGAGUACGGUGAUCUUGAGAUCGAUCCUGGUUCUCCAGUGAACCCGGAUCUCCUAUUCGAUUCGCAACUGAUGCAUCUCUACGUGCUGACGGAGAAGAAGGUCUCAAAGGUCAAGGUGCAGGAGUGUUCGGUUUACAAGACGUGCUGGGACUGUCUGGGCGCCAAAGAUCCAUAUUGUGGCUGGUGCUCAUUGGAAAAUAAGUGCAAUCUGCGCAGCGACUGUCAGGACGCGGCUAAGGAUCCACUCUACUGGAUCUCUUACAAGAGUGGUAGAUGUACAACGAUCACCACUGUCACGCCAGACCAACUGCAGCGCACCACUGCCAGGACUCUCGAGCUCGUCAUCGAGAACCUGCCGACGCUGUCCGGACAGUUUCUAUGCGCAUUUUCCGCCCUCGACAAGACCCUAAUCACGAAUGCUUCGCGAAAGUCCUACGGCGUGAACUGUACCACACCGAGAACCGAUUUAUUGCCAUCGAUACCGCCGGGCCGACACCAUUUCACGGCCAAACUGUCGGUUCGGAUGACAAACGGGCCCGAUUUGGUAGCGACAAAUUUCACUUUCUUCGAUUGCAACACGUACAGUUCCUGCACACAAUGCGUAUCAUCGAGCUUUCCAUGUGACUGGUGUGUUGACGGUCAUCGGUGCACACACGAUACGGCGGAGAAUUGUAGGAACGACAUUCUUGUCACAGGAGUCAGCAGAAUGGGACCAAGCUAUAGGAGUGGGCCAGGUUUUUGUCCUACUAUAAAUGCCACCGAAUCUCAAGAGAUCCUCGUGUCUUCCGGUAUAAAAAAAGCCAUACGAGUUAAAGUGCAUAUCAUUGGGCAAUUCAUCAUACAGACGCGGUUCGUGUGCCAAUUCAACAUUGAGGGUCGCGUGACGAGCGUAAACGCACGUUUGUUGGCUGACACGAUCUACUGCGAGGAAACGGAAUUCUCUUAUACCUCUCGCGCGCCGAAUAUCACGGUACCUUUCGCAGUAAUCUGGGGCGGCUCCAAACCUUUGGAUAAUCCAGACAAUAUACACCUUGUGAUAUACCGUUGCCGCGACAUGGCAGACAACUGCGGCAUGUGCUUGGCUCUGCCAACGAAGUACGGAUGUGGCUGGUGCCAGAGCUCGGACAGAUGCGAGGUAAAGGAUCAGUGCGACCGCGGCACUGGCAUGUGGCUGAACAGCAACCAGACCUGUCCAAAUCCGGAGAUAAAAUCAUUCGAGCCGGUAAUGGGCCCCUGGGAAGGCAACACAAACGUGACGAUUCGCGGCAUCAAUCUUGGCAAGACAUUCAAGGACAUAGUUGGGGGCGUUACCGUAGCCGGUAUGCGAUGUUUACCAUAUGAGGACCUUUAUAUUCGAACGAAGCAAAUCGUUUGCCGAGUCGAUGGACCUGGCACACAGGAAGGCAGGAGCGGACCUGUCAUCGUCAAGAUCGAAGACUUCCGCGGCGAAUCAGACUACAAUUUUGAAUUUGUAGAUCCACAGAUCAUCUCAAUAUCACCCAAGUACGGACCUUUGAGCGGUGGUACUACUAUCAAAAUCACUGGUAAUUAUAUGAACGCCGGCAGCACUAUCCAUGCUGAUAUUGACGAUCUUCCCUGCUCCAUAAUAAGUGCCGAACCUAACGAGGCUCUUUGCAUGACAAGUCCAAGUGAUCAAAAGCGAAAUGGCUUGCUAAAGAUGUCUUUUGACGGUGGCAAGCGUUUAUAUGAUGGCCACUUUGAAUAUGUCGACGAUCCGACAAUUGAGAGUGUGGAGAGCGGCGUGGCUGGUCAGAUGAAGGUCCCAAAGGGAAUUCCAGCGGGUGGAAUAAAGAUCUCGGUGACCGGCAAGAACCUCGGCUACAUACAAAGUCCACAAAUGUAUGUCUACUACGAUGAGAAGAUGUUCGUAUCGCAAUGCGAGGUGCACAGUCAGGAGAGCAUGGUGUGUAAGUCACCGACCAUCGAAGUGCCCGAACACAUAAUAUUGGAUGCCGAACGCCCGCUCUCUCUCGAAUAUGGUUUCCGCAUGGACAAUGUUACCGGCGUGCAGAAUCUCUCGCAGCACGGCUUUAAUCACUUUCUUCUGUAUCCAAAUCCGUACUAUGAAGUCUUCGACGAGGAAGUUAAAUAUUACAAAAGUGAUUAUCUAACGAUCAAUGGUCAACACCUUGAUCGUGCCUGCCAAGAGUCCGAUGUGGUUGUGCAAAUUGGUAACGCUUUUUGCAAUGUCACAUCCUUAUCGCGGCAACAACUCACCUGCCGACCACCCUUAACGCAACCGCCAGCCAUUGAUGCCCAGGGUCUGCCCAAUAAACAAGAAUUGCCGGAGGUGGUAUUAAUAGUGGGCGGUACGCUUCGUUAUAACAUUGGCAAGCUUAGCUACGCACUGCCAGCUGGAUUGAACGGGCCUUUGUCGAAACCCGCACUCAUUGGCGUGAUCGUGGCCAUUGUGAUCUUAGUAGUCGUAUUCAUAGCAUUCCUCAUCGCUUAUCGCCGAAAAUCUACGGAGAGCAACCGUGUGUUGAAAAAUAUGCAGGAGCAGAUGGAUAUUCUCGAGUUACGAGUCGCUGCCGAAUGUAAGGAAGCUUUUGCUGAAUUACAGACGGAAAUGACUGAUCUCACAGGAGAUCUUACUAGUGGUGGCAUACCCUUCCUUGAUUAUCGCACUUAUGCGAUGAUGAUAUUAUUCCCCAGCGACGACAAUAGUCCAGUACUGCAGUGGGAUAGGCCAGAACUCGCACGAAAAGAGAAAGGAUUGCGCUUAUUCGGUCAACUGAUAAUGAAUAAGACUUUCUUAUUACUGUUCGUACGAACGCUCGAGAGCAAUCGUUAUUUCUCGAUGAGAGAUCGAGUUAACGUGGCCAGCCUGAUUAUGGUUACGCUGCAGAGCAAAAUGGAAUAUUGCACGGAUAUCUUAAAAACUUUGCUGGCGGAUCUUAUCGAAAAGUGCACGGAAGGCAAAAGCCAUCCAAAGCUAUUUCUUAGGAGAACUGAAAGCGUUGCUGAGAAAAUGUUGUCUGCUUGGUUUACAUUUCUCUUAUACAAAUUUAUGAGAGAGUGCGCCGGUGAACCAUUAUACGUAUUGUUUCGCGCGGUAAAACAGCAGGUCGAUAAGGGUCCUGUUGAUGCGAUUACUUCAGAAGCACGAUAUUCUUUAUCCGAAGAAAAAUUGAUUCGGCAAUCUAUCGACUUCAAGCCAAUGACGGUUUAUGUUUCGAUAUCCCAACAAACCGUGUUUGUUGGCGGAAUGGAUCCUAACACGGAGAACGUGCCAGUCAAGGUCCUUGACUGCGACACAAUAUCUCAAGUGAAGGAGAAAGCGUUGGAUACGAUCUACCGAGCGACUCCGUAUAGUCAAAGACCUCGAAAGGAGGAUCUUGAUCUUGAAUGGCGAACUGGUGCGUCCGGUAGAUUAAUUCUCUACGACGAAGAUUCGACAACGAAGACAGAGGGCGAGUGGAAGAAGAGAAAUACUUUGAAUCAUUACAGGGUACCGGAUGGAGCAUCACUCAACUUAGUCUCCAAACAAUCAUCUAUAUACAAUCUUUCAAUUCUGUCAGAGAAGACGGACAAAUCGCACAAAUACGAGACCUUGAAUCUUAGCAAGUUCAGUUCGGCGAGUCCCCCUCUUUCUCGUGCCACUUCGCCGCUUAAUCAAAAUAUCGAAGCUGGUAUGAAGAUUUGGCAUCUUGUUAAGCACCACGAUUCCGACGCGCGAAAGGAGGGAGAUCGCGGCAACAAAAUGGUCUCGGAGAUCUAUUUGACGAGGUUACUGGCAACAAAGGGUACUCUCCAGAAAUUCGUCGAUGAUCUGUUCGAGACAAUAUUCAGCACUGCCCAUCGAGGCUCAGCGCUACCUCUCGCCAUCAAGUACAUGUUCGAUUUUAUGGACGACCAAGCUCUGCAACACGGCAUAUCCGAUCCGGAAGUGGUCCACACGUGGAAGAGCAAUUCCCUUCCCCUUAGGUUUUGGGUUAAUCUCAUAAAAAAUCCGAAUUUUAUUUUCGAUAUACACAAGUCUAACAUUGUGGACUCGUGUUUGUCCGUCGUGGCGCAGACGUUUAUGGACAGCUGCUCAACGUCGGACCAUAGAUUAGGUAAGGACUCUCCGAGUUCAAAACUAUUAUACGCGAAGGACAUUCCAGUGUACAAAGAGUGGGUAGAGCGUUACUACUCAGAUAUUAAAGUCAUGCCAGCCAUAUCCGAUCAAGACAUGAAUGCCAUGCUUGCCGAAGAGUCGAGGUUGCACACAACGGAGUUUAACACGAAUUGUGCUUUAUACGAACUGUAUACAUACGCGGGUAAAUACAACGAACAACUAAUAGUCACGCUCGAGGAGGACGAAUUCUCGCAGAAGCAGAGACUGGCGUACAAGCUCGAGCAAGUGCACAAUAUAAUGGCGGCGGACAAUCCCUGAUGCAUGACCAUGAACUCCAUGAAGCACAUGACGAAAUCUGCUCGUCAAGAGUUACCCUGCUGAGCGGUCAAUCGCGGUCCGGUGUAAUUAUCAACGACGCGAACGAGGGGAACUGGCCUACCUUGAAAUCGAUUAUCUCAGGUUCCGUGCAAAAGCCAGUUUUCUCAGCUUAACGCGAAUCGCGAGUGAACUUUGGAAUUAUUCCAGACAGGAUUAAAAGUAUGUGUCGAGGAAGUCUUCUCAGAGGUCGCCAGUUCGUAAGUGUGGCCAUAAUCAUAAGCACAUUGCCGCGUGCGCGUAUAAUUGUACAUAAGAUAUCAAAAAUCAUGAAUAAUUGUAAUAGGAUAUUAAAUGUACGAUCACCCCUCGACUCGACGGUCGAGUCGAGUGCAAGAGCGAGGCGAGAGCGUUUCCCUCGCCGCGCGGUGAUCGCACGCCCGUUUGCACCGCGAGUGAUUUUAAAAAUGAAUGUAAUAAUGUGAAACACACUAGUGAUAAGAGAGGCGCGAGUGAGGGAAUCAGCCGCGAUAUCGAUCGAUAAUUUGUAAAUGUGUUUAAAAAAUAAUACGGUCGAUUGCCGGCGCCGUUGAUCUCGGUGAUCUGGCGAUUUUUAACGAAGAAACAUUUCCAUCCAUCGCUACUCUAGCUGAAAUUUUUUGAACUGACGAAUUUUAAGAGAUAAUUACCGAUAACGAUGAAAUAAUUAAACGAUAUGGAUAUAUUAUAUAUGUAUGGAUGGUAUGUCGUAUGUAUAUGUGUACAUAUAUACACUUUAUACUGGCGCAAGCAUGCCUGUGUGUGCGUGUGCGUAUAUCUAGUAUCCGAUGAGGAGGCGCGCGUGCGAGCAGGUAGGACGGUAUCCCGCGCCGAGUUAUUUUGCCAUAACUUUAUCACACAAAACGAGACUUAAAGAAGUCUCACUCGCUCACACGCUUAUAAGCGCGCUGUCGCACGCUCCAUAACUCGGCAGCGCCGUACCGCACGCACGUGCGUAUUUAAUAUGGUGUAUUAUGUAUACUUACACGGCGCUCGAGAAGGGAAGGAAAAAGGGAGGGAAAAAUAAAGUCAUCCGCGCAACGGAGACAGACUGUGUAUUAGUUAGUAAGUAAUUAAUCUAUGGACUAUGGCCGCGCGCGAGGCCAGCUCGAUGUGACGGUUGUGUUGAGUGUGCGUGCUUCCCCCCCUCCUUGGUCUCCGCGACUCAUUGUUCCAUUUCGCCAUUUAAUCGUUCAUUCCUAUCGUCGUGCAUCCAUCACCGAUGUCAACGUCGCUAUUCCAUAAUCAUCAAUAAUCCUAUCCUUUUCCUUCCUUAUCCUUAUGUCCAUCGUUACCUUUCAAUCCUUCUCCUCUCCUCUCAUACUGUUUGUAGUAUGUCCACCAUCGAAGCUCUUCUGCUCUUCCUUCAUCCUCCUAGAAAUCAUCUACGUACCACUUUCAAUCUCUAUCUACCCAUCUUUCUCUCUCUUUCUCUCUUUCUCCCUUGUAAUGCUUCAACGCCUCCGUCGUCAUGUUGUUGUCACUCUUAAUUAUUGUAAUAUAUAAUGAAUAACGAUCACUGUUGAGUAUUGUCUGAUUGUAAUACAUUGAUAUUGAAUUGAUAUUGAAUUGAUAAUCAUUAAUUAAAAGCGUAACAUUAACUCUGUGGAUGUAGCCAUAUUGGUGUGCGUGAAAGUGAGCCGCGCGAAUGGAUGUGUGUUUGAUCGAGAGCCGAAAGCAUUGCCGAAGGAUCGCCGCACCGAUAAACAAAGUUGUCCAAUCAACCUGUUAUUCCCUUCGUAUUUACGCACAAAUUGCCAAAUCACACCACAUUAUCUGUAAAUCGGGCGACAAGUCCGAUCUACGGAGUGCCUGAUCCUGGUAUGAUUUUACAUACUCUUGCGAAGGAUUAAGGAGUUAAUGGGAUUCGAAGCUGGAUGUUCUUCGAACUCAUUUAACGUGACGUUCUGUCAAUGCGUACGGCUGGUAGCGAAUGACGGCUGUCCGACGUGUAUGCGCGUGUGCAUGUGUCCUGUGCGUCAAUUCAAUGUGCAGUUAUACGUGGAGAAAGUAUUUAUUGCUCAAAAAACAUCGGAAGACCGUGGUGGAAAGGUAAGGAAGCGGGUAAAAGAUAUGGAGUUGUUGGUAGGCUUAUUGGAAAAGGAAUUGGGGGGGGAGGGUGGGAUGGAAAGCCGGGAGAAGGAACAGAGAAUCUACGCGGUGGCGAAGACACAUCGCCAGACAGGGUAAUAAUCGCGCGACAGGAAAGAAAGAGGCGGAAAAUGGUACAAUUAAUGAUGGUAACGGGUCAACCGAACGAUCCGACAACUAAUGGUUUCCCUCGAGGAUGAGGCGUGAUCGCGUGCUCGCCCGCUGUUCCGCGCACGAGAGAACGGGGCGUGCGGUACCCUCCCCCGCGCACGCCGACUUCAAAUGG